CCGUGUAGGGCGGGCGCGUCGCCGCCCAACUGUCGACCUCCCGUUCCCCUCUGAAAGUUGUCGUGGACGAACUGUGGGUGUAUUGUGAUAACUUUGUGUGACUUUCUGUGGUAUUGGAGGGAUUAUUAUUACAAAGAUGCAAAGCAGAAAACGGCAGAGGAAGCGGAGAGCGAAGAUCAGUGUUGUGCGAUGAACGUGACAUUCGAUAAUGUAACCAAACGUUUAGAGGAUAGGUGUCAAAAUGGCUUACUGUCCGACCAUGGGCAGAGUGUCAAGCAAGGAUUUAGUAGUGCUAGUUCUGUUUCUGUGCCGAACGAUAGUGUGUGAUGGACAAUGCCCGAAGUAUGCGGAGAAACCGUUGGAGACGCGAGUCCAAGACGCUUCUAUAGUGUUUAGGGCGGUCGUAGUUCAGACACAUUACUUGAGUAAAACACUAGAUUUAGCGCUAGUGUCAAUAUACAGAGGAGGAGUGGAGCUGGCGUCCGUCAGCCAAUAUGCAGGGUCACCAUACAAUACUACAGAUCGACAGGUGAACCUAAAGAUCAGCUCGCAGCUCGGCGACUGCUUCAACUGGAGCAUGGCGCCGUCCCAAAGCGAGCUGGUGGUCUUCUCGCGGAUCAGCGAGCCAGCAGUGGACUUAGAGACCACGCCGCCUGACGGGCCGUGGUUGGAGGCCACGGCGGCCGCUGUACCGUGGAGCCUCGGCGUGGAUAUCGCCAUUUGGAAUGCAGUUGGGCGGGGUGGGGAGAGUGGGGGGCGUGUAGCCGGACCUGUGGUGGGGGGAAGCAGACUAGAAGAAGGUAUUGCUCAAGAACUACCUGCGAAGGCUACGGCGAACAGGGCCGCUCUUGUAAUUCUUUCGACUGUGAAG